UUUCAGCAGGAUGAAGAGGAAGGAGAGAUACAUUUGUCAGGGCUGCUGGACAGGGAGGAACUCCGUGGUUAGCUGAGGCGGAACAAAGAGAGGGAAGCUGUUUUGCCCUUUUUUGUACUGUACUUGGUUUUGAAAGUCCUUCAGACUGCGCUAGAACCGGCUGCUGAAGAACAGAAACGAAAGUUUAGGAAUACAGCGAUGCUGUAAGACUGGAAUUAACUUACAGCCUCUAGAGAUAAAAUUGUCGACAGAAGCAAACACUCUUCGCCUAGAUCUGUCAAAAGAGAGGCAGCAAAGUUCAAUCAAGAGAGCAGUCAUGCUGCCAGCGUAAGCUCAGGCCCUGCGAUGGCCGUUUUGGAUGUGGAGCCAGAGACUGAGCUAAAGGCAGGUGAAGGGAGGCUGUCUUGGCUUGUUUUUCUGCUGACACUCGCUGCCAUCACCUCCUCCUCUCUUUCAGCUUUGUCUCUGUACCAACUAGUGGCUCUCAGAGCAGAGGUAGAGGGACUCAGAUCAGAGGUCGGUCGCAGGAGAGAGGAGGGACGAGAGUCCAGACAUGGAAGCCAGACUGCAAAAUUCAACAGCAGGAGCAGCAGCCAGGAGCCACCACACCAUCCGGGGGCUCAACAUGCUCCCCCUAUGAUAAGAAGAAGAAGGUUGGCCUCUGGAGGACAGCCAGAUGUUUCUCAGCCUUGCCUGCAGUUGUUGGCAAACAGUGACAGGAAAACCUUCAGUAAAGAUUUUACCUCAGAGCCACACACAGGCAUCCCCUGGCAGACCGGACUGAGGAGAGGAACGGCUCUGGAGGUAGAAGGAGACGGCAUGUUAGUCAGAGAGGAGGGCUUCUACUAUGUCUACAGUCAGGUCUUCUACAUGGACAGCACCUUUGCAAUGGGCCACGUGGUGAUUCGGAGGAAGAGGAACGUGGUGGGAAAUGAGUCUCAAUAUGUGAUCCUGUUCCGCUGCAUCCAGAACAUGAACCUAGACGCCCCUUUUAACACCUGCUACACAGGAGGUAUGGUAAACCUGGAGGCUGGGGACCACUUGGAGCUGCUGAUUCCUCGUGCCACAGCCAACGUGUCCCUGGGUGGUGAGGACACCUUCCUGGGUGCCAUCAAACUGGUAUAAUGUGCCACCACAAAGAAGCUGUUUUGGUGGAGGAGGAGCAAAGACGCACAUUUCCUGCAAUACACCUAUAAAUGUGUGCCUAUCAGUUUUUACCCUACUGUAAGACAAAGAACUGUAAAAACUGUGAUCAAGAACUUCAUAUAAUCACAGAUGAAAGACUAUGUCGGACUUGUAGUUGAUCCAUCAGAUGUUUUUACAGCUAGUGUGUGGUGUUGCAUUAUUCAUAUCUGUGUCAGUAGGAUAUAAAUUCUCUCACAUGUCUUAAGGUUUUGAUAAAUUAAACCACAGUGGUUAAGUCUA